ACGCAACCUCGUCCGCUCGCUGGAAGCAGACCGUCCUCCGCCAGCCAAGCACACGUACUUCCGGUCCGAGAUGCGCUCCUACACCGCUCAGAUGCUGAUGCUCGCGCUGCUCCUGGCGGCGCUGAGCCUCGUCGCGGCCGGCCCCCGCUCCUACCCCAGCCAGAGGAGCAAGCCCCGAGCCAUCCGCGGCUUCAAGAACGCGGCGCUGUCCACUGCUCGGGGCUUCGGCAAGCGAGACGGCUCCGAGCUGCCCGACCCAGACCAGCCAGAACGCUUCUCCGUGGACAGCCUGCCUGUGGACUGGUUCGUGCAGGAGCUGCGCUCCAACCCGGAGCUGGCCAGGAUCAUCGUGCACAAGUUCGUGGAUGCGGAUCAGGACGGCGAGCUGUCGGCUGAAGAAUUGCUGCGACCUGUGUACUGAGCGAGGCCGGCGGCCCCCCUGUAGCCCCUUCCCCCUCUCUCAGGCCACUUUUGGUACAGUGCAAUAAACUAAACGUUUUGUUUUACAGACAUGCGAGUGAUUUGAUCCCUCUCCAGCUGAAGACCAC